AUGCUUGCAACUAGUUUGACUUGCAAAUUCCUCUUCUCUCCUUAUGAUAUUUUAUUUCUAUUGACCAUAUUGGCACCAAGAACAGCAUUUGUUUCCUUCUUCAAACUUGCUGUCACAUAUGCAGUUUGUGAUUAUUUUAGUGAAGAACAGAAACGGAUUUUACAGGAUAUUGAAUAUCAGACCAGUGCCGCUUAUAAGCGGUUAAAAUCUCAGGCAAUGGGUACAGAUACCAAGAGAGAUGCAGCAGUGCUUCAGUUAUGUGCCGAACUCUUUGAUCCUGAUGCAAUUACCUUACAAGUGAAGAUCAUAAAAUAUCUUCAAGAACAAACAGAUGCUGAAAUAGCUUUUUUAUUGUUAAAUGACAAGGAUAACAAUGACCUAUUUUGUCAGGUGGUAGGAGACACCAUCCUACAAGAAGAAGUCAGAAUAGCAUGCUGGGGAUCUAACUCUACACUUUUACAGAAUGAAAAUGAAAAUACUACUUUUGGAGCAGCACUGAAACGAAAGGAACCAAUCUCUGAAAAGGACAUACCAAAUAACAAAAUUAAGGAAUUAGAAAAGUUGUUAAACAUCAGCAUACAGACAUUUUUGUGUGUCCCGGUGAUAAGUAAAGCUGAUGAAAGCCUUAUUGCAUUAGUAUGUGUGGUAAACAAAGCAGAAGAAUCAAGAUUUGGUCCUGACGAUGUACACUGCAUCAUACAUUAUGAUCUGACUAAAUUAUUACGAGAAAUCAUGCAAGAAGCGAGAAACUUGACUCAUGCAGAAAGAUGUUCAGUGUUUUUGAUUGAUACUGAAACAGAAGAGCUGGUAGCCAAAGUGUUUGAUGGAAUUACUACUAAUAAUAGUGAACCACAAUCAGAAAUACGAUUUCCUCGAUCACAUGGCAUUGCUGGCCAUGUGGCUACAAAGGGUGAACUGCUGAAUAUACGAGAUGCUUAUUCGCAUCCAUUAUUUUACCGUGUUAUUGACGAAAAUACAGGCUUCAGAACUCGGAAUAUCCUGUGUUUCCCAAUUAAAGAUGAAAAAGGUUGUGUUAUUGGAGUGGCACAGUUGUGUAACAAAAAAACAGGACCAUGUUUCACAUCAUUUGAUGAAGCAAUUGCCUCAGCUUUUGCUGUUUACUGCUGUAUAAGCAUUAGCCAUUGUCUCAUGUACCAGAAAUUGGAAGUGUCCCAACAACGCAACCAGUUAGCCAAUGAGCUUAUGAUUUUUCACAUGCAGGUUUCUCCUGAGGAAGCCAGACAGUUAUCUACUGAAACUGUUAACUUCAAUGAAAUGGUGCCUAACUUUGAUAAGUUUAUUUAUGCUCCACGUUGGAUGCCAGAGGCUGAAACAUGUAAGGCUGUUGUAGCAAUGUUUGAAGAUUUAGGAUUUUUAACCAAGUGGCGAAUUAGAAAUGAUACACUUAUCAGGUUUAUAUUAAUGGUGAAGAAAGGUUAUCGUAAUCCACCCUACCACAACUGGAUUCAUGCUUUCUCAGUGGCUCACUUUGCCUAUGUCAUGGCAAAGAAUGCACGACUUCAUGAAUACUUAGAUGACUUAGAAAUAUUUGCCCUAUUUGUAUCCUGCUUAUGUCAUGAUAUUGACCAUAGAGGAACUAACAAUUCCUUCCAAGUAGCCUCACAAUCCGUCUUGGCAGCUCUCUACAGUUCUGAAGGAUCAGUAAUGGAAAGGCAUCAUUUUGCUCAAUCAAUGUGCAUUCUGAAUACAGAAGGAUGCAAUAUUUUUGAAAAUCUUCCUAGCAAGGAAUAUACCAGAGUAUUAGAUUUGAUGCGAGAUAUAAUUCUGGCCACUGAUCUGGCUCACCAUUUGCGAAUUCUCAAUGAUAUUGAAAAUAUGGUAACAGAGGGCUAUGAUAAAAAGAGUGUUAAACAUCAUAAGUGGUUACUAUGUCUGCUGAUGACAGCCUGCGACUUGUCGGACCAAACUAAAUGUUGGGAGGUCACCAAACAUAUUGCUGGCUUAAUCUAUCAAGAAUUCUUCUCCCAAGGAGAUCUAGAGAAAGCCUUAGGGCAUAAACCGAUAGAGAUGAUGGAUCGAGAACGGGCAAAGAUUCCUGAUCAACAAAUCAGCUUUUUGGAUAACAUUGCCCUGCCAGUCUUUAGGGUGCUGGCACGGAUGUUCAAAGAGUGUGAUGUAUGUGAGGCUGCUGUAGUGGCGAACCGGUGUCGCUGGGAAGUCAUCUGUAAAGUAUUGCAGGACCGAGGACGCAUGACAAUAGAUGAUGUCUUGGCUCUUGAGUUUGACAGCAAUGAAGAACUAAUUGGCUUAGCCAAAUAA